AUGACUUGUGCUGUGGUAUGUGAUGUUGUUUGGUCCAGCAUCGAUGGCACCGUCAUCAAGGAGCCGUCACAACUCAAGACAGGCGAGUACUACGUUGCUGCGGGAAAACAGGCCUUCAAGGCUGUGCCGUACAAGCUCCCUGCCGGCCAUGCACGCCCUGGUGCCAAGGCCACCCCAACCAAGUCGCGGACCAAAGGCGUUUCCGCGGGCAGCAAAGUGAUUCUGGUUGCGCGUAACGGUGAGUCGCAUGCGCCGACGCGCGUGCCGAUUCCGCAGCGCGGCCGCCCCUCGAUUGACGACGUUGUAGAGCUCGUGAACCAGCGCCUGGUCCUUCCGUCCGGCAAGCGCGUCAGCAAGCUGUACACUGCAGAGGGCAAGCCUGUUUCGAGCCCAAGCCAGCUGGAGGACCAGUGCCUGUAUGUCGCGUGCGGCGUGCGAGAGAAGUUCACCCCGCUCUCCUACGACCUGUGGAAGUCUGUGUCUGGCCACAAGGCCGGCGUGAGCCCCGUGAAGCCUGUGAAGACAAAGGGGGUGGGCAAGAUCACCACGUCCAAGUUCAACCAGCUUGAGACGCACUUCAAGAACCUGGUGAAGGACAAGCGGCAGAUGGACAGUCUGUGGCGCGCCCUCGACUUCAACAACAACGGCAUCGUCUCCCUCGCCGAGAUUGACAAGCUCGUGGUCGAGCGGUACCCGCUCCUUGACCACAAGCCCGCUCUGAUGCGCGCGUACAAGCAGACGACGCUGAAGGACGGCGACGGCGACGCGUGGGUGGAGCGCCGGGAGUUUCCCGCCCUCAUCCGAAACAUCUUCUACUUCAACAAGCUCUUCCACGUGUUUGACGUGAUUGACAGGGACGACGACAGGCGCGUGGACCUGGGCGAGUUUUUGAAAAGCGCGGAGCACCUUGGCCUGUCGCUCUCCCGGCAGCAGCUGGAGCAGGAGUUUGCCCUCAUGGACAAGAACGGCGGCGGCCUGGUCCUCUUCGACGAGAUGUGCUCUUGGGUGGCACGCAACUCGUGCCCCGUGGACGGCGAAGUGGUGACUUCCGCCACCUCGGCCUCGAAGACAAUGGAGACACACGCAUCGUCCUCGUCGUCGAAGCAGCCGAAGAAGCUGGACAGGAAGGCGGACAUUGACACGCGCGAGUUUGAUGCGCUGGAGGCGGAGAUGAAGGCGCUGAUGGCUGAUCCGCAGCAGCUCAAGGCCGCAUGGCGCUCCUGCGACUACAACGGCAACGGCAUCUGCUCCCUUGCCGAGAUCGACAAAUGGGUGGUGGAACAGUACCCGCUGCUCAACUCAAAGCCCGCUCUGAUGCGCGCGUACAAGCAGACGACGCUGAAGGACGGCGACGGCGACGCGUGGGUGGAGCGCCGGGAGUUUCCCGCCCUCAUCCGAAACAUCUUCUACUUCAACAAGCUCUUCCACGUGUUUGAGGACAUUGACAGGGACGACGACAGGCGCCUCGACUUUGACGAGUUCAAGCGCGGCCUGGGCGAGAUUGGCCUGAGCAUCCCCACCUCCGAGGCGCGUGCAGAAUUUGACCUCAUGGACAUGAACGAUGGGGGCAUUGUCCUGUUUGACGAGUUCUGCGCAUAUGUGGCGCGAAAGGCCAUCCCCGUGGACGGCGAGGUGCUGACAGAGUACACGCGCGCAAGCAAGAACGUGGGCACAAGCAGCGGCACCAGCGCAGGCAGAAAGGACGAGAAGAUGCAGAAGCAGAUCAACACGGACGCCAUGCUGGCCAAGUUUGAUGCUGUGGAGGAGCGGUUCAAGAAACUGCUGUCCACACCCGCCGCUGUCAAGAAGGUCUGGCGUCGCAUCGACUACAACGGCAACGGCAUCGUCUCCCUCGCCGAGAUUGACAAAUGGGCGGUUGAGAACUACCCUGUGCUGAACCACAAGCCCGCCAUGAUGCGCGCGUACAAGCACACCACCCUCAAGGACGGCGAUGGCGAUGCGUGGGUGGAGCCGGGCGAGUUCCCCGCCCUGCUGCGCAACCUGCUGUACUUUGUGAAGACGUUUACGGUGUUUACGGCGAUUGACCAGGGCCAGGACCGCCGCAUCGACGUGCGGGAGUUUGCGCAGGGCCAGAAGGCGCUCGGCAUGCACCUGAGCCCGGACGAGGUGAAGCGCGAGUUUGCGGCAAUUGACACCAACGGUGGCGGGCAGGUCCUCUUUGACGAGUUUUGCCAGUGGGUGGCAACCAAGAGCCUGCCCAUCGACAAGUCCCUCGCCACAUUCACCCAGUGA